GAAGGCAGUACUCUGAAAGGGCGUGAGCAUCGGCCGGUGGAGGCUUGCUUGGGUAACAGCAGACCGAGGAGGCGUCCGCGAAUGGUGUGCCUCUACUCUAGCCUGUGUGGAAGAUUGUUGGAUACGGAAGACCACCUUGGCUAACUGCCCUAAGGCUCUUCUAUGUGGCAGCCCAGAAUGAUGGAUCAAGCCAGAUCAGCAUUCUCCAACUUGUUUGGUGGAGAACCAUUGUCAUAUACCCGGUUUAGUCUGGCUCGGCAAGUAGAUGGAGAUAAUAGUCAUGUGGAGAUGAAACUAGCUGUGGACGAAGAAGAAAAUGUUGACAAUAACAUGAGGGGUAAUCGUGCCAAUGUUGCAAAACCAAAAAAGCUUAGUGGAUUUAUCUGCUAUGCGAGUGUUGCUGUAAUCAUCUUUUUCUUGAUUGGAUUUAUGAUUGGCUACUUGGGCUAUUGUAAACGUGUCGAACCAAAAGUUGAAUGUGGGGCAACAGAGUUGUCCGAGUCUCCCGAAACAGAGGAGUACUUCCCUGAAGUACCUUCCCGCUUACUUCAGCCAGACCUCAAAGCAAUGUUGUCAGAGAAACUGAAUAACGUAGCGUUCAUCGAUACCAUCAGGCAUCUGAAUGACUAUUAUGUCUCUCGUGAGGCUGGAUCUCAAGAAGAUGAAAGCCUUGCUUUUUACCUUGAAGAUCAAUUCCGUAAACUUCAACUUAGCAAAGUCUGGCAUGAUGAACAUUUUGUUAAGAUUCAGGUCAAAGACAGUUUUCAAAACUCGGUGACCAUAGUGGAUAUGAAGGGCGGCCUGGUGUACCUGGUGGAGAGCCCUGAGGGUUACGUGGCCUAUAGUAAGGCCACAACAGUUACGGGUAAACUGGUCCAUGCUAAUUUUGGCACUAAAAAAGACUUUGAGGAUUUAGCCUCUCCUGUGAAUGGAUCUUUAGUGAUUGUUAGAGCAGGGAAAAUCACUUUUGCUGAGAAGGUUGCAAAUGCUGAAAGCUUUAAUGCAAUUGGUGUCUUGAUCUACAUGGACCGUAAACAAUUUCCCAUUGUUGAUGCAGGUGUUUCACAUUUUGGACAUGCUCAUCUGGGAACAGGUGACCCUUAUACACCUGGAUUCCCUUCUUUCAAUCACACUCAGUUUCCCCCAUCUCAGUCAUCAGGAUUGCCUAAUAUACCUGUGCAAACAAUUACCAGAUCUAGUGCAGAAGAGCUGUUUCGAAAUAUGGAAGGAGACUGUCCUUUUACUUGGAAAACAGAUUCUUCAUGUAAGCUGGUAACGGUACAGAAUAAGACUGUGAAGCUCACUGUGAACAAUGUGCUGAAAGAAACAAGAAUUUUAAAUGUCUUUGGUGUUAUUAAAGGCUUUGAAGAACCAGAUCACUAUGUUGUAGUAGGGGCCCAGAGGGAUGCCUGGGGUCCUGGAGCUGCAAAGUCCAGUGUGGGAACAGCUCUUCUAUUGGAACUUGCCCAGAUAUUUUCCAACAUGGUCUUAAAAGAUGGGUUUAAACCCUACAGAAGCAUUGUCUUUGCCAGCUGGAGUGCAGGAGAAUUCGGAGCUAUUGGUGCCACUGAAUGGCUAGAGGGAUAUCUCUCUUCCUUGCAUUUAAAGGCAUUCACUUAUAUUAAUCUGGAUAAAGCGGUUCUUGGUACCAGCAGCUUCAAGGUUUCUGCCAGCCCACUGCUGUAUUCACUUAUUGAGAAAGUGAUGCGAGAUGUGAAACAUCCAGUUACUGGGAAGCCUCUAUAUCAGGACAGCAAUUGGAUCAACAAAGUCGAGAAACUUUCCUUCGAUAAUGCUGCUUUCCCUUUCCUUGCAUAUUCUGGAAUCCCAGCAGUUUCUUUCUCUUUUUGUGAGGACACAGAUUAUCCUUAUUUAGGUACUAACAUGGAUACCUAUGACACACUGUCUAAGACUAUUCCUGACUUGAACAAAAUGGCACGUGCAGCAGCAGAAGUGGCUGGUCAGCUCAUGAUUAAACUUACCCAUGGUGUUGAAUUGAACCUGAACUAUGAGAUGUAUAAUGACAAGAUACUUUCAUUUGUGAGUGAUAUGAAUGAAUUUAGAGCAGACAUAAAGGAGAUGGGUCUGAAUCUACAAUGGCUUUAUUCUGCUCGUGGGGACUUUUUUCGUGCUACUUCCAAACUAACAACAGAUUAUAAGAAUGCUGACAGAACAAACAGAUUUGUCAUGAAAGAAUUCAAUGACCGUAUCAUGAGAGUGGAAUAUAAUUUCCUCUCGCCCUAUGUCUCUCCGAGUGAGUCACCUUUCCGACAUAUCUUCUGGGGCUAUGGCUCUCACACUCUGUCAGCUUUACUAGAGCACUUGAAGGAGCGUCAGAAAAAUAAUGGUGCCUUUAAUCAAACACUGUUGAAGAACCAGUUGGCUCUAGCAACUUGGACUAUUCAGGGAGCUGCAAAUGCCCUCUCUGGUGACAUCUGGGACAUUGACAAUGAGUUUUAAAUGUGAUAUACCCAUAACUUAUCAGGGUAGUAUGGUUUCUAGACUUGUGCUGGUUGUGCUAAAUUUUCAGUAAGACUACAAAACCUAGUAUUGUUACAAUUCUACCCAAUCCUCUUGGUACUGCUAGAUGUCUUUAAACAGCAGCUUUUAAUACAGGAUAGGUACCUGCACUUCAAGUUAAAGUGAAUAACCACUUAAAAAUGUUCAUCAUAGAACAUUUUCUCUAGAAUUUUAAGUGCUUUAUAAUGGUAACUGCCUCUUUCCUGUUGCAGUUAGGAAAAUGUCAGAACCAGUUACGUGAACUAUUGCUGUAAAUCCUUAGGACAUGAACUGGUAAUCUUAUGAGUGGGAGGAGGGAGUGAUACCUCCUGAAGGUUAAAAGUGGUAGCUUAGUGUGUGAUCCUCCAUCCUCAUUUGAUGCUAGAUUGGAGAUACCACGUUGUAAGAGCUUAUCCUGCAAGUGAGAUAUAUGCCUUCUUUAAGGAUUUAGCUGGUUUCCACAUCCCUGAAUGAAACAGUUAACUUUGAAAAAUGAUAGGACUUGUGUUCUUGCCAGUGGGGUUUGAAAUAGAGGUCCUUUAGCUGUGUAAAAUAAGGUUCAACUGUUUAUUGCAGGAGUUACCCUCAAGAUCGUUUAUGAAAAGAGGAGACCAGAAGCCAAAGACCUACUACAUUUUCUUUUCCUCUGCCCCCCUCCCCCAUAAGCCUUCGUUUAGUGUUCUGUUGUUUUUUCCAAGGUAUUUUGAAAGAGAACCAAUUUUAGGUGUUUAAUUUCAAACUCAGUUUGUCAGACUUUAAAGAACACACUGCCAAAUUUUGGCCAAAGUGUUACUUUUUUGGAAAAGCUUUCUAUCAUUUUGGCACUGAGAUAUUUAUUGUUUAUUUAUCAGUGACAGAGUUCACUAUAAAUGGUGUUUUUUUUAUAGAAGAUAAUUAUCGGAAGCAGUGCCUUCCAUAAUUAUGACAGUUAUACUGUCGUUUUUGGUUUUUUUUAAAUAAUAAAAGCAGCAUCUGCUAAUAAAAUCCAACAGAUACUGGAAGUUUUGCAUUUAUGGUCAAUUCUUGAGGGUUUUAGAAAACAGCCUCAAGCUAAAUAAAAAUUUAAAGCUAAAUAUUAUAGAAGAAUUAAAUUUUAUUAGGGGUUUCUAAUCAAGUUAGACUUUGUUUAGCCAAGUAGAUAAAAAUGGUAGUUUUCCUAAAUGCAGUGAAUUGUGACCAAGUUAUAAAUUAAUGUCACUUAAAGGCUGUGAUAGUGCUCAUUUGCAAAAUUUUACAGCUCAUUUUAUCCAAGGUGUAACUUUAAUUCAAAUUUUGCAAAAUUUCCAGUACCUUUGUCACAAACCUAACUCACAUUAUCGGGAGCAGUGUCUUCCAUAAUGUAUAAAGAACAAGGUAGUUUUUGCCUACCACAGUGUCUAUAUCGGAGACAGUGAUCUCCAUAUGUUACACUAAGGGUGUACAUAAUUAUCGGGAACAGUGUUUCCCAUAAUUUUCUUCUUGCAAUGACAUCUUCAAAGCUUGAAGAUCGUUAGUAUCUAACAUGUAUUUCCAGCUCCCUAUAAUUCUCUAUCGUUUAGUUUUAGUUGCAGAAACAUUUUGUGGUCAUUAAACAUUUGGUGGGUAAAUUCAACCACGGUAAACUAAAAUUACCUCCUUCCAGAUUCUUUUUGUUGAUUCAAAGGUUUUUAAAUCUAAUGAUUUAAACGUAAAGAUUCAAGGUUGUUUUUAAACCUGAUGGGGUGUUUUGUUAUGUUUGUGAUUUCUCUGGAUGUUCUGUUUAGCGGGAUAGUGGCAUACAUUUAUGAUGUUUGCUGUUGACAAAUGAAUUUAACUUUAUCCCCUACAUGCAUGUUAUCUCCUCUACACUUAGUUCAUACAAAUUUGAAUCCAGAACUGACCUUUUAGCUUAAAGCAGGGGAAACCUGUAUGAGGCGUGGGGGAGGGGGAAGGAAGUUUAUGGGGAGCCCAAGCUUGCAAAAGGAUCUUUGACUAUGUCUGACUACCUACCUGAUCGUAUAUGGUGGUCAAAAGUUAAAUGUAGAUGUGAAAAAAAUAAGUUUGAGGCUACGUGAGUCAAGACUGUUUUCUAUUCAACCAUCACUAUAAACCUGAUAAUCAGCUGUUAUAGGGCUGUUCAAUACUGUCACCUAAGAAAAAGUCCAUAGAGCCUCUUAAGAUUAAAACAGAUCUAGAUUACAGCCUCACUGAAUUUUUUCACUACUCAGUCUAUUUAGUUAGUCUCCACAGAAGUGAAGUGUUUUUAAUGUAGUUAAGUAAAAAGGUCGUUGCUGGGAUUCCUGGUUAGAAUAUCAUACAUUAAUAAAAGCUCAGUGACUUCAAGGCAUAAUAUGAAUAAUGGGCAUGCAUUUUACAGCAGUAAAUCUCUUCCAGGUGAUUUCCAAUCAAGCCAGUAAGUGGUAAGAGGCUUAAUAUUCCUGAAUGAAAUGUAUAUCUGACUAGUGAUCACCUGCUGGUCUUCAAAUUUCUUCUGCAGUUUGAACAUAAAGGAUAAAAUGAGUGUGCUGACCUUUACUGUGUUACCGCUUUGAAUGUUCUUGAAAUUUUACUUGGCUGAAGAUGGCUUAUUAGACUUACCAACCUACUGCUCAGCUGUAUCUUUGUAAACAAGUGAUAAUGCCCUUAUAAUUGUAUACAAGCUGGUAUGUGCAACAAUGUGGAGAUUUCCUUAUCUGAUUUAAUAAAAUGCUUGAACACUGA